AUGCGCUACUGUUUCCUCUCUCCUGUCCUGUCUCCUUCCCUUCUAGCAGUUGGCCAAAAGGCACCACCUUUCCCUUCGCCCGCAGACUUCUCCGAUCCGCAACCAAACCAAAUUCCACGACAUUUCCUCAAGCGGUUUCUUCAAGAAACCUGGAUCAAUCCAACCUUCAAUCGCACAUUCGGUGGGAUCUCCCUUGAGUUGCAAUGGAAGAGGGGACCACGGAAUCCGGAUCAUUCUCCCGCUCUUCGUCCUUCUUCAGAAGUACUAGAACUUGCAGAUCCUGAUAGCAAUGUCAUUGACCCUGACCCUUGUGACCAAGUGCCAGAAGGAAUCCUUUGGGAGAGGCUUGGGAGGGUUUCCAUGAUGGAUAUUGAGUCAAGUAACUUCAGUUGGAGUUCUCUCACCUCACUGCACCAUACAAAACAUACGGCUACAAGUACUGAUCCAUCUGAGGAUGACGUUAGCAGAAGUUUUGAGGUGACAGUAAAUUCGGGGGGCGUUGUUUUUAUUGCAUUAUUGAAAGCUAUUGAAAAUGUUGACCUUCCAUCCAAGGAAACAACUGCAGUCAUUAAAAUAGCACCUUCAAGGAUGGCCACGCAGUCUGAACGCUUUGGGUACAAACUCGCUAAAUGGCUUGGAGUGAGAACUCCUCAAGGCAGAGUCAUUCAUAGCUCGUCAUCUGAAUGGCAACAAAUCAAGGAUGCAGUUGAAAAUGCUCGACAUGCAUCAAUAGCUGCUGGUGAUGAACUUGAGGAGAUGAUUUGUGCCGAGAUGCUAGAAGCCCUUGAAUUGAGUCGUUGCCUAUUUCUGAUGAAUUAUGUACAUGGCUCCCCUCUGCUAGAGAAUCUAAUGCCAUUUGAGUCACGGCAAGCUGCUGAAAAAACUGCUGAAGCAUUAGGGAGGGUCUUAAUCCUGGACCUCGUAUUGAGGAAUGAGGAUAGACUGCGAUGCCGUCCCCUUGGCUGGCGUGGAAAUUAUGCAAAUCUACUUGUCGCCAACAGGGAAGCUUAUGCAAACCUUGACUCACUAGAUGAUGUUUAUGAUUCUGCUAUCAUUCGAUACAAGCCAGAGAUCAUCAGAAGCCCUCAGAAACAGAAGCAGAGAAGAGCUAUUUCAAUUAGUGGCAGUAUGGGCUCAGAUGUCUCUGACCUCAUAUUGGAGGACUCUUAUGCUUCUAGUGGGCAUGAGUUUUCUAGCUUUAAUAUUGUAGCCAUUGAUUCAGGUGUACCACGCAGGCCACCUGCCAGUAAGCGGGCAAAAGAUCAGGAGAGCUACCCCAAACUAGUGGAAUUAACACUGAACAACUUCGACUAUUCUUCCAAACUUCUGUUUGAGGUGUCCUUCGGAAAACCUGGCAUCCCAGGACAUGAAGAAUUUGAUGUAUCAUCUGAUUAUAGCUAUAAUUCUCCUCUCUCUGAGAGUGAUAUGGUAGCAACAGUGCAUUCAUUCCGAGGAGGUUUUCGUAGUGCUCUGAGAGACCUUCAGCGAUUCCAUAUUUUCCUCAUCACACUCUAUCAGAAGCUGGAUGGUCUAUUGAAAAAUUUCUUCAAUCUUAUGUAUAAAUGCUCCAAUGAAUAUGCUAGGGAGGAUGCUGGUACUUCUGAUUCACCAUUGUGUUCAGUGGAAUCACAAGCAGAUUCAAAUGAUACUGAUGUUCCAAGGAAUCUGCGUAAGCCUUCCCGAACCUUAUCCCGUGACAAUCUAGACCUAUCAUCUCCUUCCUGUCGAGAGAGCUUUAUCAGCAAACAUUUCAAAGGAAAUGGUGAUGCCUCCCGUGGUCUUCGGUUGACAAUGAAGCUGCGAGAUUUUAACAAGUAUGCCAAGGUAGACAGUGAAUUAAGCAAAGAGAGAGAACAAUGGAAUGACAUGCUGAGGACUGAAGUAGUAAAGUUGUGUCAAGACAACAAUUUUCACACAGGCUUUUUUGAAGGCACUGAUAAUAGCACUGCUGUUGAUGCUUACGAGUUGAAGGUUCGACUUGAGCACAUUCUCGAGAGGAUAUCUUUGAUCUCUGAUGCUGCAAGCACUGAGCGUCCAUCACAGAUCACAGAUUACCUGUAUAUUGGUGGUGCUCUAGCUGCUCGGUCAACACACACACUUAAGCACCUUGGCAUCACCCAUAUAUUGUGCUUGUGUACAAAUGAAAUUGGACAGUCAGAAUCACAGAAGCCUGACCUUUUUGAGUAUAGGAAUUUCUCGAUCAAGGAUGAUGACAAUGCAGACAUUGGUGAUCUCUUUCAAGAUGGUUCUGAUUUUAUCGAUUACGUGGAUCACUUGCGUGGCAAAGUACUUGUGCAUUGCUUUGAGGGAAAAAGUCGUAGUGCGACUGUUGUUCUUGCCGCUGAGGAAAAAAUGUACUCUCCUGGAAGCAUGGAACAUGCUGAAGAAGUGCACCGACGUGCGCAUCCCAAUGAUGGGUUUGCUAAGGUCUUGCUGGAUCUUGACAAGAAACUGCACGGGAAAAUCUCCAUGGAAUGGCAACACAAGAGGCCAGCGAUGAAGAAGGCGCACAAGAAGAUAUCCUCUGGGAGCGUAGACAGUGCAAUGACUCUGGAGAUACAAAAAGCAAUAGAGGCAAUCAAAGCUGGCUGGAGCGGCAGUGACAGCCCAGCGCAUAAAUCACAAUCACACAUCGAAGGAUUUUGA